AGCGGAGUGCAACAGACCGAUCACUUCCGGUUUCUGCCCUGAGUUUCCGGCGACCCAGACAGAAGCACAGCCAGGAGGGGCUGGGGGCGUGUCGCGCAUCAUGGACCAGGACGACCCCGGCGAGGCGCUGGCGGAGCUGCGUGAGCAGCGGCUGAGCGCACUGGAGCUGCUGCAGGCGGCGGCGGGCUCGGGGCUGGCGGCCUACGCCGUGUGGGCGUUGUUGCUGCAACCCGGCUUCCGCCGAGUGCCUCUGCGACUGCAGGUGCCCUAUGUCGGGGCGAGCCGGCGGCAGGUGGAGCACGUGCUGUCUCUGCUUCGAGGGCGGCCUGGGAAGACCGUGGAUCUGGGCUCUGGUGACGGCAGGAUCAAAGGUCUGUUCUCGCAGGUUCUGGCUGCCCACAGAUGCGGUCUCCGCCCGGCCGUGGGCUAUGAGCUAAACCCGUGGCUGGUGGGGCUGGCGCGGCUGCAUGCGUGGAGAGCUGGCUGUGCCCACAGUGUCUGCUACCGCCGGGAGGACCUCUGGAAGGUGAGCCUGAGAGACUGCCGCAAUGUAUCUGUGUUCCUGGCCCCUAGCGUGCUCCCGCUGCUGGAAGGCAAGCUGCAGGCAGAGCUGCCCGAAGGGGCCCGUGUGGUGUCAGGCCGCUUCCCCCUCCCCACCUGGCAGCCCGUGGCUGUGGUGGGGGAGGGCACAGACCGAGUCUGGGCCUACGAUGUCCAUCAGGGCGGGCCAGGCAGGUCCAGUGCCCCAGGACCCUGUGGGGCCCCUGCUCCCUCACUUGGCUGACAAGAUGCAAUAAAGACUCUGAGCUCUGCA